AUGUGGUUGUCAGAUACACAAAAAAUCGGAGUCGGGCUGACAGCCUUCGGAACUUUUUUUAUAUUCCUUGGUGUUAUGCUUUUCUUCGACGGAGGUCUACUGGCCAUAGGCAAUAUACUUUUCUUAUCCGGAAUAACUCUUAUCAUUGGCUUCAAUAAAACCCUCGCAUUUUUCGCUCGGAAAAACAAGAUUCGAGGAACACUCUGUUUCUUUGGAGGGUUCAUCCUGGUUUUCUUCAAAUGGCCAGUCUUGGGAAUGUUUAUAGAACUGUUCGGGUUUUUGAAUCUAUUUGGUGAUUUCUUCCCUGUUGUCAUCAGUUUUCUUCGAAGAUUACCGGUUAUUGGAAACAUAUUAAGUGCACCUUUUCUCUCUCAUGCCGUCGAUAAAAUAACCGGUGCGAAAUUACCUGUGUAA